AUAGCGAAUCGGAAUGGAGUCUUUCGCAGCCUAGUUGAGAGCAGCGUUGAGAGAGACGAGUUGUUGGAGACUAUGCAUGCUGCCGGUCCGUGAACUUGACACGGUCCUAGCCCCAAGUCACUACAUCGAUAAGGAGGAAUCCAACCAACCCCGAUCUUCAGGGGCUAGUGAAAGCCGUUAGCCCGCACGCAUCCUCUCGGAGAUACCUACGCAGCUGAGACCUACCUUGCGAAAAGAUGAUCUCGAUGCUGAAUCGCCGAAUACUGCUUAGAGUCCGCUGGGCGAAGGUGACAGAAAUCCCUCAACCUCGAUCUAACACGUCACAGUAUAGAGCCCGAUGUUUAAUAAUCCCUUUCUUACAAAUCCGGUGAUUCCGGAUGCUUCUUUCGCCUUCAAGUCUGGGGGAUGAUCCCAGGGUUGUCGCGAAAAAGCAGCGAAAACCCAGAUGGCUUUCCUAAUGCGGCCUAGUCUCCGCGAGGGUGCCUCGCCAAGAGUGGGAUCGCAUCGGGCUUAGUCUCCGCGGGUGGGACGUCAUUCAGCUGCAUAGAUUGAAGAUAAAUACCGGCCAUUCUGCCUCUGUUUCAGGCUCAAUUCUCACUUAUCUACCUGUAUAAUAAUCACAUACGCUUGUCCGUAUAUACACACAAUCAAUCAUCAUGUCGUUUCCCUAUAAGAAAGUCCUCAUCAUCGGUGCCACCUCCGGCAUCGGCAAGGCGCUCGCCACCAAGGUGAUCGAGAACGGCACCCAGCUUGUCAUUGCCGGCAGAAGAAAGGAGAACCUGGAUGAGUUCGUCCAGAAAUACGGCAGCGACAAGGUCGCAUCCAAGGUCUUUGACGUGAUGCAGCUGGACCAGAUCCCCCAGUUCGCCACCGAAAUCACCACCGCCCACCCCGACCUGGACUGCAUCUUCAUCAACUCCGGCAUCCAGCGCCCCUUUGACUUCUCCAAGCCCAACUCCGUCGAUCUCACCACCUUCGACACCGAGCUCAUCACCAACUACACCUCCGCCGUCUACCUCACCAAGGCCUUCCUCCCCCACCUGCAGUCCCUCCCCACCCAGACCGCCCUCGCCUACACCACCUCCCAAAUGGCCCUCGUGCCCAUGAUGCGCUGCCCCAACUACGGCGCCUCCAAGGCCGCCCUGCACCACUUCAUCCUUGCUCUGCGCACGCAGGUCGCUGAGGGCCCCGGCAACGUCAAGGUGCUGGAAAUCUACCCUCCCGCUGUCCAGACCGAGCUGCACGAUCCCAAGCACCAGCCUGAUCUGAAGAACGGACACUUGAUCGGCAUGCCGUUGGAUGAGUUUGUCGGUGAGGUGUGGCGCAGAUUGCAGGCUGGUGAGGAUCAGAUUGCUGUGGGUUCGGCGAACGAUAUCUAUGAGGCCUUUGAGACGAAGAGGCAGAGUAUGUAUGCGGAAAUGACGGCGAUGUUGAACGGAUUGUUGAAGCAGUUCUUGGUGUAAUUGGGAUGAAUCUUUCUUUUAGGGUUUGUUAGACGGGCGCAGAAUGCAUAGACAGAAUGGAUAUAGACUUACCAUGAUUAUAUUACAUCGAUGCCAUGGGCAAACAUUUGCAAAUAGAAAGAAAGAAAGAAAGUAGCACAGUGUAGUGUAGUGUGAUUAGUACCCCGCAUACCCAGCAACAGAAGGAUACGGCACGCCCUGCACCGCCCUUCCUCUACACGCGGCAAGAAUCAACCCCCCAAAUUCCGAGAUCCCAUGAACCAUGCCACUUUCCAACAUGCCCGAAUACUGAUGCAACGAGACCAUCGCAUCCAGCGACUCCCCACUCGCAUCCCCAUCAACAUCAACAUCGCGAUCCCACAACCCAGUCCUCAUAUCAAACGGCAACGAAUCCACGAACGGCGUGCGGACGGAAUAAUUCCGCAUCUUGAGCGAGUACACGCUCCGCAGCAUGAAUCCCACGAUGAUCGUCCUCCGCACACUCUCAGCGAACAGCCACGCUCUGCGCGGGCUCAAACUGCCCGGUAAUUGGAUGGGGGCUUGUUGCCAGAGUUUCUGGCCGAGGUUGUAGAGCAUAGUGCUGAUUGAUUCGGAAUAGGAUUGAGAUGUGUCUGUAUCGGAAAGAACGAGCAUGCAUUGCGUGAGGAGGAGGGCCUGCGCGGUGGCUAGCAUUUCCUCAAAGCUGGUGGUGUGGUUGAGG